AUGGAGCGCGCACCUUUCCCAGACGUCACUGGCUUGCGUCUGCGCGCACCAUCACGAGCAGCAUUCGCAGCAGACCCGCACAGCGUGGCUUCGUUGGGUCGUGCAUCUCUGUCUACAUCACUUACGCUCCGCCAUGUGCAGACGCAAGCUCAAAGCAGCUUUCAUACUUCUGCAUCGGCUGUGAUCGCGGCGGCUUGGGGCACGGUCCUGUAUAUGUAUCUGCAACAUGAAUGUGAAUUGGUAGCCUUUGAUGGCGUGCGGGGCCAAGAUACCGUGUCCAUUCCCGUUGGCCCGACUAUGUGCGAUAUGCGCAACCCUUUAUCCCUUGUUGAGCAUAUCAACUGUGCAUGGUCAGGUGCCCCUACGAACAUCACAGGACCCACCCUAUUCUUUGAUGCACUUCAUGAUCCUGAAUCGGUUGCCUUCGCACGCGUCGAGACUGUACUGCGUGCCCAUCCCGAGGUGACAUUAGCCUGCAUCGCCUAUGUGAAUGCGGAUGAACUCAUCACUUUAUCUCUUCUCGCCUCACCCAGCGUCCACGUACAUGGCUCGGCAAAGACGCAGCUCGAGCAGAUGUGCGAGGCUCUGUGGGCCAUCCUUGAGCACCGUGACCCCAUGACGAUGCCGCUCCAUCUUACCAGCCUGGCCAAUCCACAUCCGCAGCCCAUGUCGACCGACAUGCCCAAGGGCAUGGCUGGGGAGCGUCUCGAAGAUCAAUUCCUACGGCGUGCACAGGACAUUCCUCACGUGCCUGCACUGAAGUGUUGUACGUCUGUGUCGCCCCCGACUUUCGUGUCGUGGUCGUAUCAAGAGCUGGACACACGCUCCAAUGAAAUCGCGCAGCUUUUAUGGAGCUGCGGUGUGGGUUAUGCGGCUGCGCAAAGCGACGAUGAUCAAGUGAUAGUCCUAUGCAUGGCCAAAUGCAUGGACAUGUACGCUGCUAUUUUGGGUGUACUCAAGGCGGGAGCGACUUGGUGUCCGAUCGAUCCUGGUUGGCCAUCGUCGCGGCAAUCUGCUCUUCUCAUCAAAUCGGGUGCGCGCGUCGCACUCACGACAGGUGCCGAAGCCCCAAUGGUAGAAAGCUCAUGUCCGGAGCAUAUCCAAGUGGUCCGACUUGACCGGCCAUUUCCCUCAUUGACUUCGCUGCCGCCGCGCACAGCCGAACGCUCUUCAGCUUCUCACCUCGCCUACAAGAUAUGGACGAGUGGGACGACCGGUCUGCCAAAGGCUGUCGGGGUUGAACACAUUGCGGCUGUGCAGGGUAUGCGGGCGCUGCAAAAGGCCGUCCCGACGGAUAUGGACGCGCCUGUGCGUCCCAGUGCCAUUCGCUACCUUCAAUUCGCCGCCUACGUUUUUGACCUGUCGAUCUUUGAUAUCUUUUACGCAUGGGGUCACGGCGGCACUGUAUGCUUUGCACCGCUCGAUCUGUUACUCACGCGCCUAGUUGACGUGGCUAAUGCGCUGCAAGUCACCCACACGCUCCUGACGCCAGCUGUCUCGGCCAUGGUACCACGCCGUGCGAUCCCUACGUUGCAGGUCAUGAUCAAUGGAGGUGAGAAGCUGUCACAAGUUGUGGCAGAUGAAUGGACGCAGGAGGGGUGUCGCGUCGUCAACAUUUACGGGCCAGCUGAAGCGACCCUGUCCCUGACGAUGCGCGAAAUUCCGCCACACGGCGACCAAGUCAAGGCACAUAAUAUUGGCUUGCCGUUUGACGAUGCUUUGUGUGUUUUGAUGAACGAGCACAAUGACGUGGUACCACGAGGCUGUAUCGGCGAACUUCUUCUUGGUGGUCCUCAGCUCGCGCGCGGAUACAUCGGCGACGAGGCAAAGACGCGGGAGAAAUUUGUGCAGCAUCCGACACUGGGACGAUUGUACCAUACAGGCGACUUGGCUCGUCAGCUAUGGGAUGGCCAGUUUGAGUACCUCGGUCGAAACGAUGACCAAGUCAAGAUCAAUGGUGUGCGCAUUGAACUGCUGGAAAUCAAUGCCGCUGUGAAGGCCGCGUCCGAACUGGUGUGGGAUGCCGAUACCGUCGCGCUUCCCGGACCUGAUCCUGCCGAACCGCCGCGCAUUGUGGCCUUUGCCGUUUAUCCGUGGGACAAAGGGGACACGAAUGCACCGCUGCUUCGCACAGACCCUGAUGCUGUGGCUUUAGCACGCACAUUGCGAUCUGGCGCCCAGGCACUCUUGCCAUCGUACAUGGUCCCGUUUCACUUUGUGGUCUUGUCUGCUUUUCCGCGUACUUCGAGUGCAAAAAUCGAUCGUCGCGCCGUACGAGCUGCCUACGACUCGCUCGAUCUUCACUCUUGGGAGGCUCGCCUUGCCGAUGUGCAUGAGGCGGAGGGCGUCGAAGAGGCCAUGGCCCAUCCAUUGGCGCAGAAAGUAUGUGAAUGGCUUCCGCUCAUGGCGUGCGUUUCAUCUGCCUCCAUCACGCCCCAUGCCUCAUUUCCCAUGCUCGGCAUCAACUCGGUGCGUGCCAUGGCACUCUCCGCCAAACUGGUCGAGGCUGGGUUUGGCGUAAGUGCUGCCGAUGUGGCGCGACACGAUUCGAUUUUCAAGCUUGUGAGGGCGUACACGAAGCGGCCACAUACGGAUCCCAAGGUGUCUCGUGAUGCAUGGCUUUUGGCGUGGCAGCAAGCGUACUCACCGCCAGAGACACAAUGCGGAGAGGUAUUACCAACGACGCCCUUACAGCAGGGUAUGCUCCUAGAAACGCAGAUGGAUGCAUCGCGUUACUGGCUUUACCGCGUCGUUGUGGCUCACGAGCCUGUUGUCUACGAGCAGCUUGUCGCGGCCCUAGAACAGGUGGUCAUGGAUAUGGACUGCUUGCGAAUGGGUUUUGUGCGCACGACGCCGCCUUCCGACUCGAUCUUUGCGCCUUUGUACAUGUGUGUCUUGCAAAAGUCUGUGUCAGUGAAGGUUCGCCGAUUCCAAGGUCAAGAUGUAGUGAGUGCGUUGGCCUCGCAUGUGCCAAACGUCGCAGAUGGUCGUCCGCCCUGGCUCGCGGCAUUUGAUGCUACCACGCGCCGCUUCGUACUCGUGAUGCACCAUGCGCUCUAUGAUGCGACGACGCUCGAUAUGAUUUUCGCUCGAAUGGAUGCUCAUAUCGCCUCGGUACCACUGAGCGAGACGCAUGCCUGGAGUGAGGCACUUGAGGAUCUGGUCCCUGCCCCACAGGCCGAACAGGCCACCCUCGAUGCUUGGGCUCACGCACUGCGGCCCAUGGAUCAUGUUGCAUGGACUGCGCUUCAUGAGACUCGCACUAAGCCACAAAGGUGCCUCGAGCAUUACGAACGCUCCGUCUCGUCGGUAUCGUGGAGUGCGCUUGAAGAGACCGCGGCCCAUAUCGGCACGUCUGUGCGUCCCUUGGCCCAUGUAGCUUGGGCUCGAGUGCUUGGCAUAAUUCUCGGCACGCCCAACGUUUUGCUGGGCGAUGUCGUGUCGCUUCGCGGACGGCGCGCAUCGUAUGCUACGACAGGUGGUCCACUGCUCGCGACCUUGCCUGUGUGUGUGAAUGCGGCAAGCCAAAGUGCCGUGAGCGACCAUGUUCAGCAGCUGCACGCCUCGAACCUCGCAUUGCAAGAGCACGCAUCUGUGCCGCUGUCGUACAUUCGACAGCAGGUGCACUGUCCCCGUGACCAGCCUUUGUUUGUGAGUCUUUUUGUACUUGAGAUGGACGAAGAUCACGAUGAACGACCUACCGAGCAUGCGCUGGCCUGGCACACGCCGACAGACCUUGGUGUCAGUGUCGAGCACGCCCUGGCUCUCGAAAUGCGUGUCACAAGAAAAGGACAUGUUCGACUCGUCCUGAACUACCUCGAUUCGGCCAUGUCGUCCUCCUAUGCUGAGAUGCUCCUGCAUAUGAUGGAUACCGUCCUCGGUGCCUAUACCCACGAUGUGUCGAUGCCAGUCGCACACAAUCCACCGGAUGUGCCGGCAUCGCUGCUCGCACGUCCCGACAUGCCACCACCGACGCACCCAACGUACCUCAACGUCGGUCAGUGGCCAGCGCAUCAUGCCCGAAUCCAGCCCAGUGCGUGUGCCAUUGAGUAUCGAGAUAAUACGCCCGCCUCGCACACAAUGCGAGCUACCUACGCAGAUCUUGACAAGGCCAGUGCACGUCUUGCCGCCUAUCUUGUCCUUGCCGUGCCGCCACACGCCGUGGUAGGCGUCGCACUGCCACGCAGUAUUGAGACGUACACCUGCCUUCUGGGCAUUUUGCGGGCUGGCCUCGUGUAUUUGCCCCUGGAUGAGUCCUUGCCACAUGCUCGUCGCGAGCAUCUCUUGCGCGAUAGUGCGGCAAGUCUGGUGCUUACGCGGGAAACCAGCCUGCCAUGGCCGUGUGCAUGCAAGACACCAGAAGAGGCCCUCCGGGAUGAGGCAAGUGCUUUGCCCAGCGUGUCGGCAGACGAUGCCGCCUAUGUGCUGUACACGUCCGGCUCCACGGGCGAGCCUAAGGGAUGUAUCGUAUCGCAUGCGAAUCUGUCACACGCCUUGGACAAUUUCCGCGACGCAUUGGGCAGCGACUCGCUGGUACAGGCGCGUUUUCUGGCGCGCUCCGCAGAAGCUUUCGAUGUUCACCUCCUCGAGUGCCUGCUGGCAUGGCAAAUGGGAGCGACUGUCGUGACAAUGCCUCGUCGGGCGUUGCUAGCAGAUAUAGGCACCGCUAUGGCUGACUCUCAAGUCACACAUGCUUGUGUGGUGCCUUCUCUCUUUUUCACGCAAGGUCGCCGUGUAGCGCCGAGUGAUGUGCCGCACUUGCGCGCCUUGAUUGUGGGUGGCGAAAAGCUCGCAGAUGACUUGGUGGAUGUGUGGGGUCCCGCAUCGAUACCCGUGCUGAAUGCCUAUGGUCCCACGGAAGCCACCAUUGGUAUUUCGUGCACACCCGUGCGUGUGGACUCUCUGGCUGCCGAUAUCGGCGUUGCGUUUGCGGGGAAUGCGUUCUUUGUGCGAGCACACAAUGGCGGUCUUGCGUGGCGAGGCCAGCCAGGAGAGCUGUGUAUCCUUGGCACACAUGUCGGGCGGGGCUAUGUGAGACGGUCGUCCAAUGCGUUUUUCACGUGGGACGGUCAACGAGCGUAUGCCACGGGUGAUCUCGCGCGCAUGAUGCCGUGUGGUCGGAUUGAGUAUCUUGGCCGCGUGAACCAAAGUCAGGUCAAAGUGCGAGGCGCUCGUGUCGAGCUCGGUGAGAUCGACGCAGCACUGCGCCAAGCAGGCGCCUCACACGCCGCUACACUUCUACUGACGCACCCUCAGCUUGACACACCGCAUCUCGUGGCGUUUGUGGCGAAAGAUGCUCGUGCUACUGACGAGGUACCACAUGCGACGGACGACGAUACCACGUUGCUCAUGUCUCAUCUCCGCCGUCACUUGAGCACAUACAUGGUGCCAAGCGUCAUGGUGCCACUAUCGUUCCUGCCCCUCGCACGCGUGAGUGGAAAAAUGGAUCACCGUGCGUUGCGCAGCCUAUACGCAGCCAUGCCGCGCGAUGCCCUUGUCGAUCACACGCCACCUCGAACGCCCAUGGAAUGCGCUGCGGCUCGCGCCGUACAGCGAGUACUGCGUCUCGAUGCGAUCGGUAUGCACACGGACCUCUUUGGCGUGGGUCUCGAUAGUCUCGCGGCCGUCAAACUCGCGCAGGCACUGGAAGACGAGGGCGUGGCUGGCAUCAGCAUCUCGUCCCUCAUGACCGAGCCGACGUUGGCCGGCUUCUUACGAUGUCAGCAUGCCGAGGUGGGGGAAGUGGAGGCAAGUCAGGCGCCUUUGCCAUUGCAGUGUGCCACAUUGGCCCAGUCUCUGGCAUCUCCAGCGCAGCGGCUCUAUGUCCAUCAUGUGCGCUUGCACUUGACACCCGAUGCAGAUCGACAGCAGGUUCUCAGGCAGUGGCGUGAUGCGCUGGCACACUACGCCAUCUACCGUACCGUGUUCCAUACCGAUCCACGUCUCACCAUGGACGUCCUCGAGUCGCUUCCGACCAUUGAAUCCGUGGUGGAUGGAUGCUGCACGCAAGAAGCAUGCGAUCAGGUGGCUGAUGAUAUACUCGCGCGUGUCGAAUCGUGCCCGCCCGUGCGUCUUGUUUUGUACGACGAUGUCCUGUGCCUGAGUAUGCACCACGCCUUGUACGAUGCUGCGUCGCUCGACUUGCUCAUCGAUGCCGUUCGUGGUGAGCGCGCGCCUGAUACCUUUGACGACGUCGUGCGCCUAGCCAGUCGCACGGCACCUAUGAAUGCCAAGCAUUACACGGAUGUCCUGCAAGGUAUGAUUCGCACACCCAUGCCCAACUUGACCGGCCGCUACGCCGCAGCUGCGCCCACAAAGACACAUGUGCAUACCAUGAAGCGCGUAUCGCUUCGUGACUUGCAUGCGUAUGCACGCACGCAAAAAAGCACGCUCCAAGCCCUUGUGCUCCAUACCUUUGCUUCGUUGCUCGCCGCGUACGCAGGGGAAGACGAAGCCACCUUGGGUGUGGUCCUUAGCGGUCGCAUGGCCGAUCCACGUCACGCGAGGGCGCAUGGCCCAUGCAUCACUACCGUGCCAUUCCGUUGGCAGGCUCGACAUGGCGAUGUGCAUGCCGUGCACGCCCAGUUGGUGAGCGCCUUGCAUCAUCAGUUUGUGCAUCUCACUGAGGUGGCGCAUGCCUUGGGUAUGGACACGUCGCUCUUUGACGUGCUGUUUUCGUUCAUGCCUGCACCGAGCGUGCCGAAGGCACUGCCACCGGGUAUUGGUGCACUGGACUCAAACAUGGCCAACGACUUUGUAUACGCACUGCAAGUGACGGCCGACGAGGCUCGCGAUACGCUCGUGCUGGAAGCGACCUUUGCCCCUGAUCGCAUGCCGUAUGAGCACGCAGACUUGUUCGCGCGCCAGCUGGAAGACAGCCUGCGACUCCUACUGGAGGGCGGUGCGUGUGAAGCGUCGCUGUGUGCUACCGUAUAUCCCAAGCCGCUUGAGCCAGACGUAUCUGAUACGUUGCUCGCCCGCUUUGCGCGCCAUGCACAAGACACGCCCGAUGCAACGGCUCUUACGUUUGCGUCAUCCAUCGAGCCGUAUGAAGCGACGGUGCUUUCGUACCGCGAGCUCGAUACCCUUUCAAGUCGGUAUGCAGCGCACCUCGCUGCGUCCCAAGAUCCAGCCGUGUACGUGCACUUGCCGCGGUGCAUUGAUCUCUACAUCGUAUUGUUGGCGGCCUGGAAGGCUCACAAGGUCUAUGUGCCAUUGGAUCCGACGCUGCCUCUGGAGCGCCUGCAGUACAUGAUUCAAGUGGUCGGAGCUGGCACGUUGGUGACGCACGAUACAUCCCUUGCCGUGCCCUUGCCGCGGUACACGCUUGCCCAGCUGCGCCAGGACUCUGCAUGGCUACCCACAGUCCCGCGAUUGGAUGUACCCUCGUACAUUCUGUUCACGUCUGGCUCGACAGGCAAGCCCAAAGGCGUGCAAGUCUCACACCGUGCGCUGGCCGCCGCCCUCCUGUCAUGGGAGCGUCUGCUUCCGCACACGCGUGCAUCGCGGCUGCUGCAACUGGCCUCGCCGGGCUUUGACGUUUCCCUCUUUGAAGUAUGCUUGCCACUGGGCCUUGGAUUCAGUGUCGCCACGGCACCUAAGGACGUCCUCCUGACAGACCUCGAAGCAGCUUUCCGUGCUCUGCGAAUCACGAUGGCGGACCUCCCAGCCGCCCUGGCUGCGCUCGUGCAUCCAGAUCAUGUGCCGCCCCUUGAGUGGCUCAUGAGUGGUGGUGACGUGAUCGACGAGCGCGUGGUGCGUGCCUGGGGCGCGCCGCCCCACCGCCUCAUCAAUGCCUACGGUCCCACGGAAGGCACGAUUGGCAAUACGCUCGGCUUUGUCGAUGGCCAAACGCGCCGCUCCGUUGUCGGUGACGUGUAUCCAGCAACAGCGCUCUACAUUUGCGGACGCGACUCUUUUAUUGCUGCGUAUACAGGCGCCGUGGGUGAGAUUGUCGUCGGUGGUCCACAGGUGGCCGAUGGGUAUGUGGGGGCGCCUGAUCUGACGGCCGCCAAGUUCUUCACGCUACCCAAUGGCCAGCGUGUGUAUCGCACGGGCGACCGCGGUCGUCUGCUCGCUGAUGGCCGUGUCGAGUGCCUGGGCCGUAUGGAGCGGGGCCAAGUCAAGGUGAAUGGACAGCGCGUGGAGCUCGAUGAAAUUGCCCAUGAGCUCCAACUCGAAGCAGGUGUGGCUGAUGCGUGCGUGCAGUAUCUUCAGCAUCCUGCGCACGCCUCGCGUCAGCUCGUGGCGUUCCUUGCGCUCGAUCAAUCGCGCACGCUGUCAGACGACGUGGGCGUGCGCACAGAUGCCGAGGCCCGAGCGUAUGCUCAGCGCGUCGUCCAUGGCGCCCAGAGGCGCUUGGCGCCCUUUAUGGUGCCUGCUCACACGCUCGUACUUACGUCGGCACUACCACUUACGCCGAACAAUAAGGUGGAUGUGAAGCGUCUUGCCGGUAUGUACCAAGCCAUGGAUCCUCAACGUCUGCACGACGCAGGUAAUGCACCCAGUACGCGACGCAGCUCAGCAACCGAGACAGCUCUGAUGCAGCAUCUGGCCGCAUUUCUUCAAGUACCCGUCGCCGACGUCGAUCGAGAUGCCUCGUUUUAUGCCCUCGGCAUUGAUUCGCUCUCGGCGAUUCGCCUUGUCAAGGUGCUGCGACUGCAUGGCAUGUCACUUACCGUAAGUGAGCUGCUGGCGCAUGCAACGCCUGCGCGGCUUGCCGCAGCUCUGGAUGAAGCGGGUGGGUCGUCAGAUGACAUGCACGCCUACGAGGCGCUGCGUGCCUCGGCAGCGGCGUAUGCUCCGAACGCCUUGCCGUGUACGCCGCUUCAGUCAGGCAUGUUGGCUCAGUCGACAGCGAGUGAGGGCGACUUGUACAUUCAUACACACGUGUUCCGUGUGGACUGCUCCGUGGAUGCGCUCGUCAAGGCAUGGGCUACUGUGGUGCAGCAGCACGCGAUGCUGCGUACUUCGUUCCAUGCGCACUCGUCGCGUGAAGUGCCAUGGGUGCAGGUGGUGCACGACGAACGGACGCCGCCCGUCGUCGUGCAUGGCCCGAACUGUCUGGAUCGAGUUUUUCCCUCGGCUCGUGCCGCCUGCGAUCCAGAGCAUCCCCACACGCUACACGUGUUCUCUGAUGAGCUCGGCGUGGUGGGUCUGUGGGUACUGCACCAUGCCCUCUAUGAUGCGCAUGGCUUGGAAUUGCUAUGGGAUGAUGUGGACGCUGCCUUGGACGGUGCAGGGAGCGACCCAAGGCCUCCCUUUUCAACGUGUGUGCCGCACCUGUGCUCAGGCGAGGCCCAUGUACCCUUUUGGCUCGACACGCUUCGUGGAUACACACCUCGGCCACUGGCUGAGCAUACAUCCCAUGCGGCCAUCUCGUGUGUGAUCGAUACCCACAUUCAGACGCGUGAUGCGGAAGACAUGUGCCGGCGCGUCGGUGUGUCGAUGCACACACUCGCGACGCUGGCAUUCGCCUACCUGUUAGCCGAAUGCAUGCAUACACCUGACGUCUGCUUUGGUCAGGUGCUGAGCCUGCGCACGGAUAUGCACGAUGCGGUCGACGUGCUGGGUCCCAUGCUCAAUACUACGCCCACGCGUGUUCUGUUGCAGCGUGCACCCUUCGAUGUUCAGCUCCAGCAGCUGCAGUGCGCUAUCGAUGCCGCACGUCCACACCGUCAUGCAUCCCUGCGGUCUAUUGCUGCUGCUCACCAGCGAACGCAUGCAUCGACUGCCCCCCUCCUGGAUGCUUUGCUGGACGUGCAGCUUCAUACAGAGACGUCUUCCCGUGCUCAUCUUCAGCCCAUGGAGCUGUCUAUCGAGGAUGGCGUGCAGUACGCUCUUAAUGUUGAGUUCCAGCAGAGGCCUUCUACGCUGGUCCUAUCAGCGACGGCACGCACGACCCUCGCUGAUGCUGCGCGUCUAGAUGAGCUUUUGCAUCGUAUGAGCGCAAUAGUGCGCCACAUGGCCACCGACCCGCAUGCUAUGCGUACCGUGGAGCAUGUGGACCUUCCGCCACGCAACUCGACUGACCUUAGCGUGCCGUCCGACAUACUGCAUCGUGUGCGCUCUGUCAUGGCAACCGUGGCAGGCGUGCCUGCCAUCGAUAUUCAGGCUCACACGCCCCUUUUGGCCCUUGGGCUCGACUCGAUGGCCGCCAUUCAAAUCGUGGCGCGUGCACGCAUGCAGGGUCUGCCGUUGCAUGUCAGUGACCUGGCGGGUGGUACGCCCAUGACGGUCGCUGCGUCCUUCCUUCACCGUACGCAGACCCAAAUGGAUGAUGUACGGGUAACAGCGCCCGUGUCGGUGGCCGAGGCAGCCGCGGCACUGGGCCGAGAUGACGUGCAAGCUGUGCGGCGCGUCACGGCUGGUCAGGCUCAGCAUAUUGCUACCUUGGUGCACUCCCGCUACCGGAAUGGCAUUUUUUCGUUGGUGUAUCGCGCUUCGGACACGCUGGAUGUCGGCCGCCUCGAGCUGGCUUGGAUUCGGCUGCAAGAGAGCCAUGAAGUGCUGCGCACCGUGUUCAGCUGCCUUCAGUCACACCUGGUCCAAGUCGUCGUGAAAAGCACACAGCCUAUGCAUACGCAUGUCGUGCCACAUGCCGACGAAGGUGUCAAACAGGUGGUGCAUCGCGAACGGACGUGGUCACUUCCUACCCCGUGGUGUGCGAUGGAUGUAGUCCGUGCAUUGCAUGGCACGGAUCACGUUGUCCUGACACUAUUCCAUGGCAUGUAUGACGCUGUGGCUCUUGGCAUGUUGGUGCGUGACUUGGAAGCGCUAUACCGAGCAACAGACAUCCAUGUGACGGCUAACAUGGACGAUUUGCUCACCGUGGCUGCCCGGACAGACAAGCAGGCCGUGCAGCGCCACUGGGCCAGCUACAGCUAUGCGCCACCCUCGUUCGUCGGCACACUGGACGCCCCACCCCUGCCCACCUACACGUUUGUGCAUCGCCGCCACGUCGUCCCGCGCCUAGGGCACAUUCGCUCGACGCUCGCUGAACAGCACGUCUCCUUGUCUUCUGGCAUCAUUGCUGCUUGGGCCUCUGUAUUGCACGAUACAUUACGCACAGAUAUGCCGGUGCUCGGUUUGUAUCAAGCAGCACGAUCGAUCCCACCUCUGGACCUCUCUACAGCGGCUUUGCCAUGCCUGAAUGUACUGCCGAUGGUCGUCCCAUGGCACCCUGAUACAAAGGACAUGGCCAAGCACGUCCAAAAGACCCUCGCCGAGCGAGUUCCGCUAGAACAAGUGUCGUUGGGCGACAUUCACCAGGCCCUUGCUCUGCCUGCCUCAGCUCGCUUCAAUACCCUGCUCAACGUACUCGGCCCGUCACCGCCGGCAUCCACGCCGUCUCUGCUCACACCGUGCUCGGACGUGGACGACGACCGUCUAAUCGCACCUCCGCCCCUGUGUGCUUUUUCCAGUCUCGAGACUUGGGAGGGCCUCGAACCAUAUUCGGCAGCGAGCAUCGCUGUGGACGCGUACGCCGAUAACGAUACCCUGUCUCUGGCCCUACGUUGCCCUGCGCAUGUGCUGAGCUACGAGACCGCGUGUGCACUGCUGGAUGCAUUCACUGCGUAUGUACAUGCUAUCUAG